CCUCUCUAUCCGCUUACAUCUAUUCCGUGCGUGUUUGUUUCUUCCUUCCUUCCAUAAAACAAACAAUCACUUCUUUCGACGAUUUCAACCCCAAAAUCGAUUAAUUUCAGAUCUAUUAUUCUUUUCCGAAAAUGGACGACGUAAAAGACAAGAUGAAAGGAUUCAUCAAGAAAGUUAACAACCCUUUCACUUCUUCUUCUUCUGGUAAAUUCAAGGGCCAAGGUCGAGUCUUGGGUUCUUCUUCUUCUUCUUCAACACCUGCAAAUUCCAUUCCUACCCCUACCCAUCGUCCUUCUCCUUCUCAGAACCCUAAUCCCAAACCCAAACCUACUCCACCGAUCGCUUCAGAUCAAAGCAAAAUCGAUAAACCACGCAAACCCGCAGAUGGGUUUGAUCCAUUUGAUUCAUUGGUUACUUCUUCUCAAAGAUCUCAAAAUGGGUAUUCACUCAACGUAUAUGAAUGUCCAAUUUGUAAACAACCCUUUCGAUCUGAAGACGAGGUUACUGAACACGUGGAAUCUUGUUUGAGUAACCCAAUUGAAAACGAUGAUGUUGAUGAAAAAUGUGUGUCAAAAUUGAAAGAGAGUCAAGUUUCUGAGUCUAAUACUGAAUUGGAGAUUUGUAUUGGUACUUAUGUUUCGGGGAAUCCGUCCCAAGGUUCGGUUGAUAUUGUUCUUAAAUUGUUGAGGAAUAUUGUUAAGGAACCUGAUAAUGUUAAGUUUAGGAAGAUUAGGAUGGGUAAUCCAAAGAUUAAAGAAGCUAUUGGCGAGGUUAUUGGUGGUGUCGAAUUGCUGAGUUUGUUAGGAUUUGAGCUUAAGGAGGAGAAUGGAGAAACUUGGGCAUUGAUGGAGGUUCCUACUGAGGAGAAAGUAAAUUUGAUCAAGAAAGCAAUAGUGUUGUUGGAACCACAAUUGGUUCAAGAUACUCCAAAGAGAGAAAAUUCAACGCCUACCGUUUCCACUGAGAAAGUAGCCGAGGCCGAACCAAAAAAGAUUGACAGACAGGUAAAGGUCUUCUUUGCUGUCUCUGAAAGUGUUGCAGCUAGAAUUGAGCUACCAGAUUCCUUCUACAAACGUUCAGCUGAAGAGGUGAGAAGAGAAGCUGAGUUAAGGAGAAAAAAGAUUGAAGAGUCUCAGCUUCUAAUCCCAAAGUCACUUAAAGAAAAGCAAGCUAAAGCUGCUAAGAGGAGAUACACAAGAACUAUUAUUAGGAUUCAGUUUCCAGAUGGAGUUGUACUUCAAGGUGUAUUUGCUCCAUGGGAACCAACUACUGCUCUGUAUGAGUUUGUGAGCUCUGCUUUAAAAGAAUCAUGUUUGGAAUUUGAGCUAAUGCAUCCUGUAGUUGUUCAACGGCGUGUAAUCCCAUGUUUCCCAAAAGCAGGGCAAAAAGCUAAAACGAUAGAAGAAGAAGACCUGGUGCCUUCUGCCCUAAUCAAGUUCAAGCCCCUAGAAACAGAUUCUGUUGUUUUCACCGGUCUCAAAAAUGAAUUGCUGGAAAUCAGUGAACCACUUGUAAAUGGUUAAGCAUUUGCUUUUCUGUAUAAACUAAAUUGAUUUCUUCCCUUACUUUUCACAAUUCUCUUUUUUUUCCCCUUAAAUGGUGGGGAUAUAGAUAUAAUUCGUUCCCUCAUUUUCAUUCAUAAUUUUGUGACAAACAAUAUUGUAGUCAGAUGCAUCUCUAAACAAAAAGAAAUCAUUAUUGAUGAAAGCAUGCAAUUCCUACCUA